UUCUCUCUCUCUCUCCCUAGCAGGGCGCUCUACUCUCCCCCAAAGGUCCGCCUUCCUCCCGCCUCUUUCUUUGUCCCGCCUGCUAAGAGGUGUUAACCUUUAGUCCUAGGCCGGAAGUGGGUUCUUGGUUAGUGUCUCUUCUCUCUUUCCAAGGCGGAGCCAAAGACCUCUCGCGAGUUUCCCAUCAGUUUCACCUUCCGUUACGUCUGCUGGGAGGAACUCUCGCGAGAGUGAGCAGAGUAGUGGGAAGAGUGAGGCGCGCGCGGCGGCCGCGACGGACGCAAGAUGGCGACGGCGACCAUUACUCUCCAGGUGAAUGGCCAGCAAGGAGGGGGGCCCGAGCCAUCGGCAGCGGGAGACAAGUGGAAAGCUCCACAGGGCACAGAUUCCAUCAAAAUGGAAAAUGGGCAGAGCACAGCAGCAAAGCUGGGGCUGCCACCCCUCACACCUGAACAGCAGGAGGCCCUCCAGAAGGCCAAGAAGUAUGCCAUGGAGCAGAGCAUCAAGAGUGUGUUGGUGAAGCAAACCAUCGCCCACCAGCAGCAGCAGCUCACCAACCUCCAGAUGGCAGCAGUGACAAUGGGCUUUGGAGAUCCUCUCUCACCUUUGCAAUCGAUGGCAGCUCAGAGGCAGAGGGCACUGGCAAUCAUGUGUCGGGUGUAUGUAGGCUCCAUCUACUAUGAGUUGGGAGAAGAUACCAUCCGCCAGGCCUUUGCCCCUUUUGGGCCUAUCAAGAGCAUAGACAUGUCCUGGGACUCAGUCACCAUGAAACACAAGGGUUUUGCCUUUGUGGAAUAUGAGGUUCCAGAAGCAGCUCAGUUGGCCUUGGAGCAGAUGAACUCUGUGAUGUUAGGAGGAAGGAAUAUUAAGGUGGGUAGGCCCAGUAACAUCGGACAGGCUCAGCCCAUCAUUGACCAACUGGCUGAAGAAGCCAGAGCCUUCAACCGCAUCUACGUGGCCUCAGUGCACCAGGACCUCUCAGAUGAUGACAUCAAGAGUGUGUUUGAGGCAUUCGGCAAGAUCAAGUCGUGUACUUUGGCCCGGGAUCCAACCACAGGAAAACACAAAGGCUAUGGAUUCAUUGAAUAUGAAAAGGCCCAAUCAUCUCAAGAUGCUGUCUCAUCCAUGAAUCUCUUUGACCUUGGGGGCCAGUACCUUCGGGUAGGCAAGGCAGUCACACCACCUAUGCCUCUGCUUACACCUGCUACCCCUGGGGGCCUUCCACCUGCAGCUGCUGUAGCAGCAGCUGCUGCCACAGCCAAGAUCACUGCUCAGGAAGCAGUGGCUGGUGCAGCUGUGCUGGGCACUCUGGCCACUCCUGGGUUAGUGUCACCAGCGCUGACUCUGGCCCAGCCACUAGGGGCUCUACCACAAGCUGUCAUGGCAGCUCAAGCUCCUGGAGUCAUCACAGGUGUUACCCCAGCAAGACCCCCCAUCCCUGUCACCAUUCCUUCUGUGGGAGUGGUGAACCCCAUUCUGGCUAGCCCUCCAACACUAGGCCUCUUGGAGCCGAAGAAGGAAAAGGAAGAGGAGGAAUUGUUCCCUGAGUCGGAGCGGCCAGAGAUGCUAAGUGAGCAGGAGCACAUGAGCAUUUCAGGCAGUAGUGCCCGCCACAUGGUUAUGCAAAAACUGCUGCGGAAGCAGGAGUCUACAGUGAUGGUUCUGCGAAACAUGGUGGACCCCAAAGACAUUGAUGAUGACCUGGAAGGGGAAGUGACAGAAGAAUGUGGCAAGUUUGGGGCUGUCAACCGUGUCAUCAUCUAUCAGGAAAAGCAGGGUGAGGAGGAGGACGCUGAAAUUAUAGUCAAGAUCUUUGUGGAGUUCUCCAUGGCCUCAGAGACGCACAAGGCUAUCCAGGCCCUCAAUGGUCGUUGGUUUGCUGGCCGAAAGGUGGUGGCUGAGGUCUAUGACCAAGAGCGCUUUGACAAUAGUGACCUGUCUGCGUGACCUCGGCCCAGCUCCUUCCCAACCUCACAGACUUGGAUUUUCCUCUUGUCUCUCCCCUCCAGUUUGUGUAGAAAGAUAUAUGGGGCUGAAUUCAGCCCCUGCCUGGCCUUUUUGUGUAGUUUGGAUAAAAGUACGGAUGCUGCUGGCCCCCUGUA